UCAAGUUUGAAAGCCUAGUUCUGUAGUUCACCACUUCACCUUCGUGAUAGAUAAGAGGAACACAUAAUUUUCGUACAAUGGCAGGACCUGCUUUCUACACCUCCUGUCUUUCCUCUUCCAGCAACUUAGGGACAUGUUGGUUGGUAUUAAAAACUCACAAUGCAAGGGCCGUGCCAGGAAGUGGAAGGAGAAGAUUGUCAAUAAAAGCAGAAGUGCAGUAUGUAAACGCUGAAAAGGCAAAGGAACUGGUAGAAGUGGAUGGAUAUACUGUUCUUGAUGUGCGAGACAAAACUCAGUUUGAGAGAGCUCACAUUAAAUCUUGUUCUCAUGUGCCUCUUUUUGUUGAAAAUAAAGACAAUGAUCCUGGUACUAUUAUAAAAAGGCAGCUGCACAAUAACUUUUCUGGGUUGUUCUUUGGGUUACCAUUUACUAAGCCAAAUCCUGAGUUUUUCCAAUCUGUUAAGAGCCAGUUUCCACCUGAAAGUAAACUCUUGGUUGUAUGUCAGGAAGGACUGAGGUCCUCUGCAGCAGCAAAUAAGUUAGAUGAAGCUGGUUUCGUAAAUGUUGCAUGCAUAACAUCUGGCCUUCAAACUGUAAAACCAGGGACAUUUGAUUCUGUUGGCUCCACAGAGUUGGAGAAUGCAGGCAAAGCUGGUUUGGUGACAAUCCAAGGAAAAAUCUCAACUGUGUUGGGAACCAUUCUUGUUUGUGCAUAUUUAUUCAUUACCUUCUUCCCUGAUCAAGCUGAGAAACUAUUCCAAUUGGUCCCUUCAGGCUAAGCCUAAAAAUUCCAUCAGUCUUUCUUGAUUUUUUCCUUCCCCAUUCAUUUUGCAUGUAGCAUAUUAAGGAACUUGUGAUUAGAAUUGAGAAAAAUAAAAACAUGAAAUGUGAAUAAAGUGAUGGAAGAGUUAGUGCUUAGUAAUGUGAGUAUAUAGCUAUGAUGGUCAAGAAACCAAAUGGUGUAUGCCACUGGUAGUAUUCUCCAUUAAGCAAGGUGUUGUAUCUAUUUCUAAUGUUUAAGAUACCAUUUAUUUCAAAUUUACGUUACUAGGA